CGAGGCCGCGGCACCACCACGCCCCCAGCCCAAGGCAAACGUUUGCGCACCAGGGUCGCCGGGGGCGGGGCGGGUGUCCAAUGGAGAGCCCGCCCAUUGGCGGCCCCACGCCACCGGAAGCGGAAACAGCGCCAGACGCCUCUGGAGGACUCGUAACUGCCACCACGAUGCCUAAGGGUCCCAAGCAGCAGCCGCCCGAGCCCGAGUGGAUCGGGGACGGCGAGGGCACGAGCCCCGCGGACAAAGUGGUGAAGAAAGGCAAAAAGGACAAGAAGACCAAAAAGACGUUCUUUGAGGAGCUGGCGGUAGAAGAUAAACAAGCUGGGGAAGAAGAAAAGACGCAGAAGGAGAAGGAGCAGCCCCAGCAGCAGCAACCACAGCAGCAACAGAAGAAAAAGCGAGACACCCGAAAAGGCCGGCGGAAGAAGGAUGUGGACGAUGAUGGCGAGGAAAAAGAGCUCAUGGAGCGUCUUAAGAAGCUCUCUGUACCAGCCAGUGAUGAGGAGGACGAGGUACCUGCCCCGGUACCCUGCGGAGGGAAGAAGGCCAAGGGUAGGAAUGUUUUUGAGGCCCUGAUUCAGGAGGAGAGUGACAUGGAGGAGGAAGAAGAAGAAAAACAUGCUCCCAAGCCUGCCAAGCCGGAGAAGAAUCGCAUCAAUAAGGCUGUGUCUGAGGAACAGCAACCUGGGCUCAAGAGCAGACGGGGAAAGGAGGAGAAGUCCAGAGGGAAGGUCAAGCCUCAAAAUAAAUUUGCUGCUCCAGACAGUGAAGGGGAAGAUGGUGAAGAAAUAACUGAAGAAAAGGAGCCGCCCAAGCAAGGGAAAGACCGAGAAAAAGCCAAGAAGGCAGAGCAGGAUGACAAGGAAGAGAGAGAAGAGGAAGAGGGGGAGUCAAAGGCCAAUGACCCCUAUGCCCACCUUAGCAAAAAGGAAAAGAAAAAGCUGAAGAAACAGAUGGAUUAUGAACGCCAGGUGGAAUCAUUAAAAGCAGCUAAUGCUGCAGAAAAUGACUUCUCCGUGUCCCAGGCAGAGGUGUCUUCCCGCCAGGCAAUGUUAGAAAAUGCAUCUGACAUCAAGUUGGAAAAGUUCAGCAUCUCAGCCCAUGGCAAGGAGCUGUUUGUCAACGCUGACCUGUACAUCGUCGCAGGCCGCCGCUAUGGGCUGGUGGGACCCAAUGGCAAAGGCAAGACCACACUUCUGAAGCACAUUGCCAACCGUGCCCUGAGCAUCCCCCCUAACAUUGACGUGCUGCUGUGUGAGCAGGAGGUGGUGGCUGAUGAAACACCCGCAGUGCAAGCUGUUCUUCGUGCGGACACCAAGCGACUGAAGUUGCUGGAGGAGGAGCGACAGCUUCAGGGACGGCUGGAGCAGGGGGAUGACACAGCUGCUGAAAGACUAGAGAAGGUGUAUGAGGAAUUGAGGGCUACUGGAGCAGCAGCUGCAGAGGCCAAGGCAAGGCGGAUCCUGGCUGGCUUGGGCUUUGACCCUGAGAUGCAGAAUCGUCCCACACAGAAGUUCUCUGGGGGUUGGCGCAUGCGUGUCUCCCUGGCCAGGGCACUGUUCAUGGAACCCACACUGCUGAUGCUGGAUGAGCCCACUAACCACCUGGACCUCAACGCUGUCAUCUGGCUCAAUAACUACCUUCAGGGCUGGAGGAAGACGUUGCUGAUCGUCUCCCAUGACCAGGGUUUUCUGGACGAUGUCUGCACUGAUAUCAUCCACCUUGACACCCAGAGGCUCCAUUACUACAGGGGCAAUUACAUGACCUUCAAGAAGAUGUACCAGCAGAAGCAGAAAGAACUGCUGAAGCAAUACGAGAAACAGGAGAAGAAGCUGAAGGAGCUGAAGGCUGGGGGAAAAUCCACCAAGCAGGCAGAAAAGCAAACAAAGGAAGUCCUGACUCGGAAACAGCAGAAGUGCCGCCGGAAAAACCAGGAUGAAGAGUCUCAGGACCCCCCUGAGCUCUUGAAGCGUCCCAAGGAGUACACCGUGCGUUUCACCUUCCCAGACCCACCGCCUCUCAGCCCACCUGUACUGGGGCUGCACGGUGUAACAUUUGGCUAUGAGGGGCAGAAGCCACUCUUUAAGAACCUGGAUUUUGGCAUCGACAUGGACUCACGGAUUUGUAUUGUGGGCCCCAACGGUGUGGGGAAGAGCACACUGCUGCUGCUGCUGACUGGCAAGCUGACACCAACCAAUGGGGAAAUGAGAAAGAACCAUCGGCUGAAAAUUGGCUUCUUUAACCAGCAGUAUGCAGAGCAGCUGCACAUGGAGGAGACGCCUACGGAGUACCUGCAGCGGAGCUUCAACCUGCCCUACCAGGAUGCCCGGAAGUGCUUGGGCCGCUUUGGCCUGGAGAGCCACGCCCACACCAUCCAGAUCUGCAAACUCUCCGGUGGGCAGAAAGCCCGAGUUGUGUUUGCGGAGCUGGCCUGUCGCGAGCCCGACGUCCUCAUCUUGGAUGAACCAACCAAUAACUUGGACAUCGAGUCCAUUGAUGCCCUGGGGGAGGCCAUCAAUGAGUACAAGGGAGCUGUGAUCGUCGUCAGCCAUGAUGCCCGACUCAUCACAGAAACCAAUUGCCAGUUGUGGGUGGUGGAGGAGCAGAGUGUCAGUCAAAUCGACGGUGACUUUGAUGACUACAAGCGAGAGGUGCUGGAGGCCCUGGGUGAAGUCAUGGUCAAUCGACCUCGGGAUUGAGCUCCCCUCCUGGAAGCCUUCUGGAAGCUCCUGUGGCUGGAAUCUGCCAUCUCCUUCUAUCCACCCAGAGGCCUGUUGUGUCUGCUGCCAGCUGCAGCCACAUGGGCCAUGAGGUGGAGUGUUGCCUUGAUGUGUGUGACAGGAUCCAUGUGGCUUGUGUCCUUCCCACUGAAGGACUGUGUUCCCCUUCAGAUAAUUGAGCCGGCUUACCCUCAGCGUCUCAGACAGAGGAGACCUUUGCUGUGGUAGAUUCCCCUCAGGCCAAGUUAAGGUAGCCUCUUGUCUCAGGACUCUGGCCACUCAGAACUGCCUCUGUCUGGUCCCUCCUUUUGGAAGGGUUCUGACUCACUGACACAAACAGCUGGAGCCACAGCAGGCAAGAGGCGAGUGUUGGAGACAUGUACUGUCACCAACCCAAGAUCUGGUGCCUGUGGUCACUUGUCACUUGUGGGAACUUGAGGGCAGGAAAGGAAAGCUGUUGAACUGGUCUCCUUUUAGAAGGGCAGGAAAUAAAGAAGGGGUGCUGCUGCCCUG